AUGUCGUUCAGUGGGACUCUGCAGAAAUGCAAGGCUUGUGAUAAGACCGUGUAUGUGGUUGAUUUGUUGUCUGCGGAUGGAGUUGCCUAUCACAAGUCUUGCUUCAAAUGCAGUCACUGCAAAGGAACUCUGGUGAUGAGUAACUACUCUUCCAUGGAUGGAGUCCUUUACUGCAAGCCUCACUUUGAGCAACUAUUCAAGGAAACUGGCAGUUUUAGUAAGAAUUUCCAAACAGGAAAAUCUGAGAAGCAAAAUGAUCAGCUGGCCAGGGCCCCCAGCAAGCUAUCCUCCAUGUUCUCUGGGACUCAAGAUAAAUGUGCCGCUUGUAAAAAGACAGCAUAUCCACUGGAGAAGGUGACAUUGGAAGGAGAAUCUUACCAUAAGUCAUGUUUCAAGUGCUCUCAUGGGGGCUGCCCUCUCACACCUUCCACUUAUGCUGCUUUGGAUGGAAUUUUGUACUGCAAGCACCAUUUUGCUCAAUUGUUCAAGGAGAAGGGAAACUACAAUCAUCUUGCCAAGGGUGCUUCGCUUAGGAAAAAUAACGCACCACUACCAGACUCAGAAGAGAAAACUGAAGGAGAACAGGAACCAGACGAGUAA